AAACACUUGUGGACUCGCGCUUUCAGACAAAGCUGUGGUCACGUUGCAUGAAUUAGCCCAGUCUGAAGACGAUCGCUUGGCGAUUAGAUCGAAAACAUUUUCUUAGAAGUGAGAGGUAAUGAGACCCGUUGUUGUCAUCAUCCUAGUGAUCGCCCUCGCUAUUCAGCUUUUCGAAGAGGCCCUCUCUAAAAUAGCAAGACCAAAAUUGAAAAAGAUAAGAGUGAAAAAGCCGAGGAUCUCAAAAUCCAAGUCUAAAAUGACACACAUUAAGCACUCGUCCAAUCCAAAAACUAAAAUAAAGGCCCCAAAGAAAAAAGGACAUGGAGGUCUUGGCGGACUUUAUGUAACGCAAAUGGCAACUGAUUCGAUAGCUGCACUGGGCAAUACGGGUGCUGGCAUAACAGGAGUGGUACUGCAAAGUCAGGCUGGCAAAAAUGAUAAUAAGGUUGCCACCGAAGGUGAACAGGUCGAGAGGAAAAUAACGAAAGUGAACAGUGAACCGCAAAAAAAG